AUCUAAUCUAGAUCUAGAAUCUAGACCAAGCCUAACUACUAGAUCUAGAUUCUAGAUGCACUUUUCGAGGAUGCACGAAUUUGAAGUUGUACGAGCUUGGUUGAGCAAUGAGUUCAAUAUUCAAGUAUCAGAAACCUGGCUUAGAGCAUGUCUUGAAUGGAUUCACCAAGAAAGUGAAGGCCAAGAACAAUCUGUUGAACAACUGCAGUCUCAGGUUUAUGACCAGUGGCUCCAUUCAGAUUUGGCUGAGAUUGGCGAGCCGAUUCUACCCCCUGAUGUGGCUACAAUCGAUAAGAUAGAACUGAUAAGUAACUAUCCUUUGCAGAUGACCUCUUGUGUCGAUGCUGGAUUUCCUUUGUAUGGACAAAAGCAGAAACUUGAAGGCUCAGAGAAUCCAAAUGUGCAAGUGACUGCAGAUAAACCAUUCCAGCCAGCUUGGGAACACAAGCCUUCCCGGAUGUUAGUGCUGGAGCUGUCAGAUGGCCACACUCACGUGAGAGCUAUGGAGGUCGAACACGUCUCUUGCCUUCACUCUCAACUCGCAAGUGGCACCAAGCUUCUCAUUAGUGGCACAGUGGUGUGUCGUCGUGGGAUGUUGCUGUUGACACCAGACCACGUGCAGGUCCUGGGCGGUGAGGUGGACGGGCUGGUGGAGGAGAACACUCCGCUAAAGAAUAUAGAGAGAGCCAUGUUGAAAAAUAGAGAGGAUGAAGGUAAACAUGCAAAAAGAGAGUUCUCUGGGAAGUUUUUAGUCAGAGGCUGUGAUAAAAAAAAGCAAUUUGAAAGAACUUCAUUUCCAAAAUGGGAAAAAAGUGAGGCGACUACUUCAAAAGGUUUCCCUCAGAACAGUACGGUUCACUCUAAUUUUGCCACGAAUAGCGCUGUCAAGUGCGAGAAAAAUGUCACAAAAGAUUCAGGAAUGUCCCUGGUAAAAACUGAGGUCAAAUCUCAAGUCAGAAGUCUGUCGACUGGAUUUGGAAACCGUGGUUGUGCUCAGAAUUUUGCAGGAUCUGUCUGGCCAGUCAAGCAAGAAAGCAACGAAACUCAUGCAGGGGGAUCGUCAGCGGCUAUAGAGUGGGAAGAUGAUCUGAACUACGCUGAGCUUUUUGAUGACGAAAUGGAGGAGGAUAUGAUGAUGGGGAUGUCAGACAGCACGUCGCGACCUACUGCUCCAGUAAGCGGGAGGCUGGAGGGCGCCACUGAUUCAAGGGUCUCAUCGAUUAAGCCUCAGUCACAGCUACUGACUGAAGACGAUGCUGAUAUGUUUGACGAUGACAUGGAUCUGAUAGAAGCAGAGAUGGGAGCCAACAUUGAGACAAAAAUUGAAACAGGGGCAGAUAUAGAAGCAGAAAUAGAGGCGGGAAUUGCAAUGGAAGCGGAGAUUGAAGCAGAAAUGUCUGUGGAAGGACAGAACACAUGGUCCGAGGCUUUGCCUGUUCUCGACUCCGAUGAGAAAUCCACAAGGCUUAACCCUACACUUGUAAAUAGGAGUAGAAAUGCUGAGUCAGACGGGAGAAGUGAGCCGACAAGUUUACGAACAAAUCUGCGUGGCGUUGCCCCCACAAACUCGCAACCUGCACGAGACACUUUGCCCUCUGGGACAUGGUCUGCAAGACAGCAGAAACCGCCAGGUGUUCAGUCACGAUUUGGUCCAUCGUCACAACCGCCUCGUAAGCCAGGCACAACUUCCCCACCUUUCUCCUCAGCCAAGGCCGAGCAGGAUGGGAUAGAGAUAAAUACUACGCCGAAACAGCUCAAGUCAUCACAGCAAUCGACGCAGCUCGUCAAGUCUAAAUCGCAACCUCAGAAAAUGUCGAAGCAGUGUAAGCUUUCAGAUAUGUUUGCGCUCAACACGAGUCAGAACAGUAAAAAAAUUAACUCGGAAGUCACUUCGGCAGAAAAUAAUAGGGCGUCAUCGCUGUCACAUGACAGGAAUGAAAAGUGGGUCGCAGGAAAGUCUUUGGAUUCUCCCAAGUUGUCCUUGGCAGCAGGGAGCGACCAUGUUGAUAGCUCGUUUGUGGUACCACAGGCAGUUGUGCGGCCCUUUCAGACGGACAGCUCUUCUGAUUCAGAUGGCGAAGGUUCUCAUAGUUCUCAACCAUUCAGAUAUCUCUGUGAGGUGUCCUCUGUUCAGCCUGGCUCAACCCUGACUGUCAAGGCUUAUAUUUCGACCCUGACGGACAAGCUGAACAGCUGCGGUGGCGAGAGAUGGGCUCUGUCCUGUCGGAUCAACGACGGCACUGCCUCUGUGGAGGUCGAUCUGCACAACACGGUGUUGACUGGACUCAUUGGCUUCUCGGCGCAGGAAAGUAUGAUCAUGCGACAGCGGAUUAAGACUGAUCCACAAGUGAAAGAAGUUUUGAUGGAGGGUUUAUCAGAGUGCCAGCAAAAGUUGGCCAAUACAUCUUGUCUGAUGGAGCUACAGGUCCCCGAGGGGCAAGGGAGGCCACUACUACAAAAGUUACUUCCCGUAGACCAGAGCCAUGUGCAACAUCUUCGGAGUAGAGUGGAACGUUCUUUUCCUGACUUUGACUUGAUGUUGGUUUGAUGUCAUACUCAUUUCUUUACUUUGACUUUGACUCUCUGAGCCCUGUUCCCCUGAACCUAUGGUGCUUGUGCUGCUGAGUUACUGUGGAUCAGCUGUAAGGUUUACACCAGGGGUGGGUAAACCCGUUGGCCAAUGAGGCCACAUCGGAGCUCAAAGAUGGUUCGCUAGGCUGCCUUGAUGGUUAUCAACAGUUAUUAUAGAUUUAGAUUUUAAUAGCACAAAUAAAAGCUGCUUGCUCCCCUCCAA